UAGCAAAAAGGGAAUUAUAAUAAGCAUUUCAUAACUUAUGUUCCAUAGUGUCUUACAAUGUUCGGACAACAUCACUACUUGUUCGCGGUUGCAACGCUUUCAUCGUUUCUCACAUCAAUAACUUUUGCGUUCGAUGAAUUGAUUCCUAAACGACUCACCUACGCUUCGUUACCCACGAGCUGCGCUGAAGCUUUUUGGGAGCCUGGUAGUACUGCGCGAAAUGGCAUCAACCAAAUUAAGCAGCCACUGCCCGGUGGGGAGCCGAAACCUGUCUAUGUAUGGUGUGAACGCGAUCCCCAAGGUGGUAAAGCGUGGAUGGUGGUUAUGCGACGGCAAAAGGGUGAUUUGGACUUCUACCGCAAUUGGGGUGAAUACAAGUAUGGUUUUGGUGAAUUAAAUACGAACUUUUUCAUUGGUCUGGAGCUAUUGCAUGGUUUUACACUGCAGCAGCCAUCCGAACUGCGAAUUGAUCUUACUUAUACGAAUGGCACUACCGCAUAUGUGAUAUACGAUUACUUUGCGAUUGGCAGUGAAAACGAAAAAUAUAAUUUAAAGAUUUUGGGAAAUCCAUUCGGGAGUGCCCGUGAUCGAUUGUGGGCCCAUCGUGGUAUGAAAUUCUCCACUGCCGAUCAGCAGAAUGAUGAGUCACCUAAUUUCGAUUGUGCAACAUAUUAUCGUGGUGCUUGGUGGUAUCGUGCUUGCUAUGAAUCGCACUUAUUCGGAAGGUACGGCAGCACUUUUGAAUGGUCUGCGCCAUUAGCGUAUGCACGCAUGUCCAUACGGCCCAAAGAUUGACUAUUUGAAAUAGCAACGUAAAACUAAUUUGGUCCAAUAAAUAAAGACCAUAAA